AUGGCGUCCGAGACGUUAUUGCUCCAUCUUACCUCGACUAUCCUACUAUGGUGCACUCUCAUAUACAGGCCGAAUGCUCCUCGACUCUGGCUCAAAGCUCUUAUCGCCCUCCACGUUCUACGGAUGGUGGUGGACCUCGUGCCUGUCGUGACAGUCCUUUUUAUCAACAUAUCCCACCACAUUGUAGCAUUCCCUAGCUUCGGCAACCUCAUCGUCGUACUGCUUGCCAUGGCUAUCCUCGUGUCUCGCGGGUAUGCUCUCCGCCCCAAGAUCACGGUUCGCCUCCCGAUCAGGACAUUUGCUGGUGCCAUUCUGAACGCUUUGCACACCCGUCUCAGCUUCGGCUUCCAGGUCAUUCUGUCUGGGUUCUCCGCGCUCUGGUCCAGCCCAGAUGGUCUCACCCUCAGUCGACUUCUUCCGUGGCCUUUCCGCGCCGUCCGUAGGUCGAUCGACAAGUCUAACAGCGUUGUUUCUGCAGUCCUCGAGCUUGUACCUUCUCUCACCUUCAGCACUAUGGGUCUCACGUUGGUGCCACUCAAGGGAGCGGUGACGUCUAGCCUCACCACUGGAGAGUCGCUCGUGUCCAUCGUCUCGAGUGCCGUUGGAGACCUCGCAUUGGUACCCUUCGAGAGUUCCGGAACCUCUACCUUGGUCAGUACGGGGUCUCUUGCUUCUCUGGCAUCGUAUGUCACCGAAGAGCUAGCGCUGGUUCCAUACAAGGGUGCUGUCGGCUCUACCCUGGCUGCUACGAAGUCCCUCGCGUCCGCGGCAUUUGAUGUCGUUCACAAUCUGGCGCUGGUCCCCUUCAAAGGAGCGGUCAAUUCUACCAUCGUUGGCGCGGAUUCUCUGACAUUCGUCCCGUCUGGCGCCGUCGAAGAGGUCUCCGAGUUCUGGGAAGCCGAACUGCUUGAGAUUUGGUCCCUCAUCACCACGGCCUGGUUUCAGGACGGUCUCUGGCUCGUCGUCCAGCACAUGUACGUCCCGCACUGGCCCUGGGACAUCGGCGACAUGCCAGUCAUCGGUACCCGAGCGGAGACGAACAUCAUGCGCCUCAACGCUGUGGACAUCGGUUAUGACUCGCAAGGCUUCUUCUGCAUGCUAUGCGAGAUCGUGAACUACCCGGGGAACUUUCAAACAGUCCCGUUGAGCAGUCUCUCGAUAGUAGUCAACAAGGCCGCUCUUCCCGAACAAUGGUUCAUGUGGUUCGCUGGUCUCUUCUGGUCUGCACGCGGCGUAUCUGUUCCAAACGUCGUCAAGACCUCGGACCCUCGUCUUGCUCUCGUCACCAUCGGACAUCGACCCGCCACCGUUCAGUUUCUGGAUCGUCUGCACCGAUACGUCUCCCAGCGACUCGAACAAAUGCGCCUCAAGACGCGACUUCAAGUUGCGAUCGAAGACGCCGAGUCUGCGAUGGUCAAGCUUCCAUUCCGCACCAAGUUCAGGCCCGCCCUUGCCCUUGCGAUGUCCAAGGUCAUGGACACUUUCGCGAGCGACGUCGGGCUCGUCAUUUCGACCGCCGAGGUCCCAUUCGGCACAUCUAGCGAUGCGCCCCUUGCCAAUGUUAUCGUCAAGCUGCCCCGUGCCAACGCAACUGAAGCACAGGGGCAGCAGCGCAAGGGGCGCCGCGGGUGCCCGGGACCUCGAGGGAAGCGCGAGAGCACAGUGAACAUGACCCCUGCGGUCGGCGACGGUAAAUUGCUAUGUUUUAUUUUCCUCGACGCUGUUGAUGACAUGGAUUAUCCAGACAAGGAGAACGUCCCGGUUUCUGCUGCGAGCUCGGCCAAGAAGGACGCCAAGCAGACCCGUGGCUCACCACAAAUCACCGAGGGCGGUAUGCGCUUGCUCAACAGGACGGUUGCCAGCGCACUCUUCCACAACCGCCGCCGUCGAUGA